GGGAGGAGAAGCUACGGCGUAGCUUUUCCGAGGGAAGGCUGCACAGCCGCGCCGCCACAGGCUGCAGCAGGCACUGGCUAGGUCGAGAGGCGGUUGCUGCUGCCUGAAAUCUGCCAGAACUAGAUUCUGAAAACGCUUCUCACCCUGGAAUUACUCAAUGCUAAAAACGUUCGAGGAAAUAUUAAAGAAUUUGCAAGCACAAUGGAUGGUUUUUAUGACCAGCAGGUCCCUUUCAUGGUCCCUGGGAAACCUUGCACAGAUGAAUGUCGAGGCAGGCCAGUAAAUGACAGAAAAAGGAAGUUUCAGGACACUGACUUGGCUCAUGAUUCUGAAGAAUUGUUUCAGGAUCUCAGCCAGUUGCAGGAGGCUUGGUUAGCUGAAGCCCAAGUUCCUGAUGAUGAACAGUUUGUCCCAGAUUUCCAAUCCGAUAACUUGGUACUUCAUGGACCACCCCCAGCUAAGAUCAAGAGGGAACUCCACAGCCCUUCUUCUGAGCUGUCUACCUGUAGCCAUGAACAGGUGCUCUGUGCUAAUUAUGGAGAAAAGUGCCUCUACAACUAUUGUGCCUACGACAGGAAGCCCCCUGCUGCGUUCAAGCCAUUAACUCCACCUGCCACCCCAGCAUCACCUGCGCUCCAGAGCACCUCCCUUCCACCCCCGCCUCUGCCAGCAGCACCUGUCCAGACUCCUGCCCAUGCCCCCAGCACAGGCCCUCCACCUGCCCCUCAUGCCCUUCAGGAACCAAGGCAGCAAACCUUCGCUGUUCCCCGGCCGCCUCAUCAACCUAUUCAGAUGCCAAAGAUGAUGCCUGAAAACCAGUAUCCAACAGAACACAGGUUUCAGAGACAGAUGUCUGAACCUUGCCACCCAUAUCCUCAGCCAGGACUUUCUGGGGACAAUCGCCCUGUCUACCACAGGCAGAUGUCGGAGCCUAUUGUUCCAGCAGCUGCCCAUCCUCCUCAGGGAUUCAAGCAGGAAUACCACGACCCGCUCUAUGAUCACGGGGUCCCAGGCAUUCCGGGGCCCCCAAGGCAUGGGUUCCAGUCUCCAAUGGGAAUCAAGCAAGAGCCCCGGGACUACUGCAUUGAUUCAGAAGUGCCUAACUGUCAAUCAGCAUAUGUAAGAGGAGGAGGAGGAGGCUACUUCCCCAACAGCCAUGAUGGAUUUCCCUAUGAGAAAGAUGCCCGGCUCUACUUUGAUGACACCUGUGUUGUACCAGAGAGGAUGGAAGGUAAAGUGAAGCAAGAACCCACAGUAUAUCGUGAAGGACCUCCAUACCAGAGGCGAGGGUCACUCCAGCUGUGGCAGUUCCUCGUCACACUCCUCGACGACCCAGCCAAUGCCCACUUCAUCGCCUGGACAGGCAGGGGCAUGGAGUUCAAGCUGAUUGAGCCAGAAGAGGUAGCUCGUCGGUGGGGGAUCCAGAAGAAUCGUCCGGCAAUGAACUACGACAAGCUUAGCCGUUCUCUUCGCUACUACUAUGAAAAAGGCAUAAUGCAAAAGGUGGCUGGAGAGCGGUAUGUCUACAAGUUUGUUUGUGACCCCGAUGCCCUCUUCUCCAUGGCCUUCCCUGACAAUCAGCGCCCGUUCUUAAAAGCUGAACCAGACUGCCAUGUGAAUGAAGAUGACACCUUACCUCUGACACACUUUGAAGACAACUCCGCAUACCUCCUGGACCUGGAUCACUGCAGCAACCUCCCCUACGCCGAGGGCUUUGCUUACUGACUCACUGGGCAGCAUGAGUGCUGACCUCAAGAGACUCCAGUUCCAACAAAUAAGGGCAAAAAAAGUUUUGUUUUUGUUGUUUUUUUGUAAAGAAUUUCUGCUGUUCAUAAAACCGCUCUCUGCAAAUAUUAUCGGAAGAGCCUAAAGUACUGAACGGCCCUCCACCUUGAAGACAGACAGUAGCAUGGCUAGUGAGUAGGGCCUCCUGUUGCUGGUCGCUUUGGCUGCCACUGUGAAGAACAGCUGGGGAGGGACUUGCAACAGGGGGCGUCUUCUGGGCCCGGUUGCUUAGGGUCGUGUGUGACAAAAAGAUGUUCACAGGACUUGAAUAGACAGUGUGUGAUUAGCAAAUGUCAAGAAAGUACGCUAUGUAACAAUCACAAUCCUUGUAUCUACCUUGUAUAAUGGAAAGGGCUCCCGGGUGCUUAGGAGCCAGUGUAGCAUAAGCCCUUUUCGGAUGGGUCAUGGCUUAAUGUGGUGCUUCUCCUGGCCUGGCUGAAUUAGCUCAGCCCCUCUGGGUUCUCAGUCGACAGCUCUUCAACCUGAGGAAGCCUUUCCUUCUGAUUAUUUUUCUUUGUUUUGUGUAAUAAUAAUAAUAAUAAUUAAUAAUAAUAAUAAUAAUUUUGGUCCAUAAUAAGCAAACCCAACAUAAAGGACAGCACUUAACCUACCAGAUCCCUAUGAGCCACACAGGCACUUGGCCAUCCCCCUCUGUUGCAAGGCUGCGCAUGGAUGGCUUGUUUUUAGGGGAAGUGGGGGGGGCCCUCGGCCAAAACACUUUUUAUGUUGUGGGGCAACAUUUGUAACCAGGUUUUUUGUAGGUUUUUGUAUCUUAAGGCAAAACCAGCUUUUGGCAAAGCUGAGCUGCUGCUUUCUUGCUUCCAGCAGCGCCAACGCAAAGGUUGCUGCAGCUUGGCCGGGGGGGGGGGGUCGUCCCUUGCCCUUGUCCUUCCAUGUGCAUAUCUGCUUUGUGCUGUUCUGCAGUGGAUGCUGUCCAGGACAGUUUGUACAGUGUGCUCUGCAUUCAGAGUAUGCUCCCCUGCAGCAGCAGCAGCAGCAGCAAACGCAAGCUGCUUGGCUUUUCCUGCAACUGGGGACUCUAUGUAUAUAAUACAAGGCAGCUCCAGCCAUUGAACUUCUCCCAGGCAGGGCAGUCCUGACCGUGUGGCAGCAUUGUCUUGUAACAGCUGAACUAACUUUUUCCAGUUCUCCCUAGGCUUGCGAGCAAGAGAGGUGCAAGAUGUGUAUACAGACCUAUUUUUUAGCUUCAUCUGUAAGUUGCAUUACCCUCCUUCAGUUCAUGCAAGUUGCAUAUUUUAAGAGGAUUUUUUAAAAAGGAAUAUAUAUAUAUAUCUAUAUAUAACUUGGGUUUGUAAAAAAAAAAAUCAGAGAGGAAGGGGAGUUGGUCAGAGUUGAUCAUUAUAUAUAAAACAUCUCUGGAUCCUUCAGAAAUUUCCCCUCUUCUUGCUGCGAGCUGCAUUCAGCAUGCAACUGUACCGUGCUUGAGCCAAAUAUGCAUAUCUUUCCCUGCGGACUCCAAUUUUUGUUGUAAAUGCUGUAUAGGAUUUCUCUUUCUGCUUUGAUAACUUUGUUUGGGUUUUUGACUAACUUCACUUCUUUUUUUAAAGUAUGAAGAUUAACUCUUUGUAGACGACUCGGCUACUCUCCCCAGAAAGUACCACGUGGCCUGUCAAAAAAAGCACAGGGCAGCAGCAAAGUUCAGCUGCAGCGCCCCCCACCCACCCCAAAAAAUAUGACCCAGGGCUUAACCAAAACAGUGGGUUUCGUUUUGUUUAAUUGGUUAUGGGAAGUCUAUAGUGCAGAAAGGGUUAAUCUGAGGAUUGAUGUGAAAUGACUGUUGCCUGAGCAGGGCUAUAUAAUAUAUCUCCUGCAAAGCUGCAUUACAUUCUGUACUGUGUACAAUAAAGGAUUUUUGCUUUCUGUUCAGGCA